AUCAUUUCAUAUCCUUUGAACCCCUUUUUCUUUAAUUUUUUCUUUUUCUAAUUUGCUUUCUUCAAUCAAUCAUCAUGGAAACACAUCUACAACAGGUGAAGAACAGUUCUCUUCAAACUUUUUCUGAAAAGCAAAACCCUAAACAACAAGAAGCUUCACCAAUAUCAUCUACUUGUUCUUCUCCUUCUCAUGACUUCUCUUUCACUAUCUCUCUUCAGCCUCUUUCUUCUUCUUCUUCUUCUAAACAUAUCAACUCUACUCUUAGAGGUCCAAACAAAACGACGUCGUCUUAUCAACAAACUGAUCCAUUCGCGGUAGACUUGUCCCCGGCCGAUGAGAUCUUCUUCCACGGCCAUCUUCUUCCUCUCCAUCUCCUUUCUCACCUCCCUGUCUCUCCAAGAACUUCAACCAGCUCUUUUAAUGAUGGAUUUACCCUACCUAUCAAACCUGACCACCCCACCACAAAGAACAACAACAACAUCAACAUUGAAAACACUAUUGCCAGCAACAUCAGUACCGAGGCAAAGAACGACGAAAGCCCCGGGGAUAAAGCUGAAGAACUCGAAGGUGAGAAUCGUGUAAAAACCAAACCCAUUAAGUCAUUUUCUCUCUUUGGUUUAUCAAAAUGGAAGAAAGGCUUUGAAGUUCAAGAACAGCAACAACAAAAGGCCAAGAAACCUAUGAGUUUAGACCUAAGUCACGCAGUCAAGAAAUACAUAAGGAUGCUGUUUCAAAAGAGAGGAAACGGAACACAGUUCAGAAACACAAGACAAACUUCAUCUUAUUCUUUCUCAUCUUCUCUUAUUGGUCCGAACGGGAACAACAAAACAAUGAUUAACAACAAGAGAGAUCUGAUAAAAGGAAGAAGAGGAGAGUUGUUCUCAGCUCCAGCUUCAAUGAGAACAUCUCCAACUAAUAGUGGUCAUCUUCGUGUGUCCACGGCUGGACUCUCAUCAAGCUCAGCGUCAACUUCAUCAUCGUCUAGUGAUAGUACCAUGGAAGAGUUACAAGCUGCGAUACAAGCAGCCAUUGCUCAUUGCAAGAACUCAAGCGCCGUUGAUCGUGAUGAUAAGGUUAAGGAUUCUUGAUUUGGUUUUUUUUUUGUUCUUUUGUCGUUAAUAUGUUUGUUCUUUCUUGUCAUAGGGAAGUAAAAAAAAAAAAAGUGUUAGUGUGUGACAUGGAAUUUUUAAAAUUUUACAGUAGAGGUAAAUUAUUUUAUUACUGUUGUAUAGACAAGGAGUUACUGUUAUUAUACUA